GUUAGUGCCCUCAUGAGCGCGCCCAUGCUCACAGAGCAGCUGGCCACCGCCUCGCACUGCGCUGCGCUUCAGCUCGCAGGGACUAUGUAGACCUGCUCACACUGAUGACACUAUGAUGGCUACUCGCCGCAUGCACGCGCUGACAUAACACUAUUCAUACCGACAGCUAUGAAUCAUGCAUCUGACGCUUCUCUUCAUUUUGGUCGUGAGCAUCCUUGUUUCCGGCUCGCAGUCGUCUGAAAGGACCCCGUCGCACGUGGAGAAUGAGUCUGUUGGGGAAGCUGUUUCAGUGCGGGUGGAGCAGGACGCCACUGCACCACCUUCCACACACAAUGGGAGCACCCAGGAGGCCGAACACACCAUCACAUACCCAUCUCGCCUCAUUUACUACCUGAACGAGGAAUCUGAGAGCACUUACCAUAACCUGAACACUCAGGCCAAGAUCCCGGGCCAGCAGGGCCAGGUAGUCCAUUUGGCUCAGGCCAGUUUUCAGCUUGAGGCUUUUGGAUCCAGAUUCAUACUAGACCUCAGAUUAAACAAUGACCUACUAUCCUCCGAUUAUGUGGAGAUUCACUAUGAGGAGGGAAAACCCAUCAUGUCUAAGGGUGGAGAGCACUGUUAUUACCGUGGGCAGGUGAGAGGGAAUGAGGUGUCUCGUGUAGCCCUAUCAACCUGUGAUGGCUUGCAGGGCACGUUUGAUGAUGGCGUUUAUGUGUAUUUUAUUGAACCUUUGAAACACUCGAUUGAUGGAGCGGCUAGACCUCACAGACUGCACAGGACGCCCAGCUUUCUAAGCUCUCAAGACCCCAAGGAUGCAGAUGAGGAGGGCCAGCUGGAUGACAUGGCCUGGCUGCGGCGCAGGAAAAAGCGUGCAAUGCCAAGGAAUGUGUUUGAGGAGAUGAAGUAUAUUGAGCUGAUGAUUGUCAGCGACCACAAUAUGUUCAAAAGACAGAAGACCAAGCAGCAAACACGUAACUUUGCAAAGUCUGUGGUCAAUCUGGUGGAUGCAGUCUUUACAGAACAAUUAAACACACGUGUGGUCCUGGUUGCUAUGGAAAUAUGGACAGAUAAGGACCAUAUUCCAAUCAGUGUGAUGCCACUGGACAUGCUGCGAGACUUCUCCAAAUACCGACAGCAGCACAUAAGACAGCAUGCAGAUGCAGUGCACCUGUUCUCUAAUGUGACGUUUCACUACCGUCAGAGCAGCGCUGCAUUCUUCGGAGGCAUGUGUUCCCUCAGUCGUGGAGUUGGAGUGAACGAGUAUGGGUCUGCAUGGACUGUGGCUGUAUCACUGUCCCAGAGUCUGGCUCAGAACUUAGGCAUUCAGUGGGAUCCUGCAUCCAGCAAGAAUAAGGAGUGUGGCUGUGUUGACUCAUGGGUGGGUUGCAUCAUGGAGGACACAGGAGUGCAGCACCCACGAAGGUUUUCUAAGUGUAGUAUUUCAGACUAUAAAGAGUUUCUUCUGAAAGGUGGAGGAUCAUGCCUCUUCAACAGGCCCAACAAGCUGGUCGAGCCGACAGAGUGUGGGAAUGGCUACGUGGAGGUGGGAGAGGAGUGUGACUGCGGUGUAAGAGCUGAAUGCUAUAAGGAAUGCUGCAAGAAGUGUUCUUUGUCAAACGGAGCACACUGUAGUGAUGGGCCUUGUUGUAACAGCACCUGUCUGUUUUACCCAAGAGGCUUCAGCUGUCGCUAUGCAGUGAAUGACUGUGAUAUUUCCGAGACCUGCUCAGGAGACUCUGGACAGUGCCCUCCUAACCUCCACAAACAGGAUGGCUCAUUAUGCCAUCUUGACCAGGGACGCUGCUAUAGUGGAGAGUGUAAGACCAGGGAAAACCAAUGCAAAUAUGUGUGGGGUCCAAAGUCUGGGGGGUCGGAGAAGUUCUGCUAUGAGAAGUUGAACACAGAAGGAUCUGAGAAAGGGAACUGUGGGGAAGAUGGAGACAAAUGGAUCCAGUGCGGAAAGCAUGAUGUGUUCUGUGGGUAUCUGCUGUGCACUAAUGUUGGCCCAGUGCCCCGCAUUGGAAGAAUAAAGGGAGAGAUUACGCCCACAUCCUUUAACCACCAGGGCCGACUGAUUGAAUGCAGUGGCGGUCAUGUGUUAUUGGAUGAUGACACUGAUCUGGGUUACGUGGAGGAUGGGACGCCAUGUGGGCCGUCCAUGAUGUGCCUUGACCGUAAGUGUCUGCCCAUCCAAUUCCUCAACAUGAGUGCCUGUCCUACCGGGCCCAAUGGCCGCAUCUGCUCAAACCAUGGGGUUUGCAAUAAUGAGGCGACAUGUACGUGUGAUGUGACAUGGGCAGGGACUGACUGCAGCAUUCCUGACCCUCCUAAAGAGCCCGCUUCCAGUGAAGAUGAAGAACCACGGGGACCUAGUGCCACCAACCUGAUCAUUGGCUCCAUCGCUGGAGCCAUCCUGGUGGCAGCCAUAGUGCUGGGAGGGACAGGCUGGGGCUUUAAAAACGUCAAAAAGCGAAGGUACGACCCAAAUGCAGCCGCCAUCUAGUGGAGAAAAUGGACGGUGAUCCUCCAAAGCUUCUUAAGUAAUCUACAGCUGGACUACAAUUUUUGCUGCUCUUUCUGACAUUAGUUAUAAAAUAUAAUAUAAAAUAAAAUGAUAUACAGUAGAUAACAAACCACAUAUUAGUUAUGUAGAACUGCAGCUUCUCAGCUCUGCCCUAUUUCAAAUCCCAAGCUCACUGAGAUGGUUUUAUUGCCAGGCCUCAUCUUUCAUAAUGACCAAUCCCACUUUCAACUCAUCACACCACAGAGCACCAGCUACUCUGACACCCUGGCCAAAGGGCUGCAUGGCUACCUAUGCUUACUGAUACUUGACAGAACAGAACAGUAAUCCCUCUGAAAGGGAAAGGAGAAAAUGCCCUUUCACACCUAUAGGAGAACAAAUAUGCCAUUGCUCUGGUACUACAUCAGUGUGAAAGGGUGAGUUCUGCUCUCUGAACUGCAGUUACUCUGGGACAGAUUGUAAAUCACCACAGACUGCAACUUCCUCAGUGGUAUAUUACAUCAAGUUGAACCCAGCUGCACAUAGGCCUUAACAUAUUACACAUAUCACAUAGAGAUGUGGAGUAGUCUGGACUCUGCACAGGCAGAGAAUGAGUUAAGGUGCUGAUCUGUAAGAUCAUUUUACACUGACUGUUUCAGCAUUAUGUUUUGCUUCUGAUAGAGCAUGUUGUAUAGUAGACAUAGUUUGAAACAGUCUUACAACCAUUUUUGCUCAUUCACGUUCAACACAAGUAUAUAACUAUAGUUUUAAAUCUUCUCAGAUUAAGAUGUGUUGUAUACAAGUAUAUAUCAGGUGAGGGAUUGCUGAGGGAAUCAGACUAGAUAAGCCAAUAAGAUACUGCUUGAAGUUGUUGAGUUUGAUCUUGACAGUGACUUAAAGCCAAAGAAAUAUUUGCAGGCUUUUGGAUGUCUAAUGGAGAACACCUUUCCCCUUGUAACAUGUAGGAUUAGACAUGGAGGUGGCUUCCAAUUAAACACAGAAAAAAAAAAUAAAAUCACUGACAGUUUGCCAUAUCACAUUCUGGGGAGAUGUCAAGUAACAGUAAGUCAAAAAAUGACUUAUAUACAGUAUAAGCUUGAAGAUGUUUCAUCACUUAUCCAUUUCUGAACUGAUUCAGUUGGUCUAAACUGCUGAAGCCAUCCUGAGUAGAGAAAACUUCUUCAAAAUUACACUGCAAGUCCUGUCACUUUGACUUACUGGUGCUAAACAAUUUGGGGCCCUGGAAGAUUGAAAACCUUCAUGGACAUCCUGGGGGUAAUGUGUAAUCACACAAACACAUACAUGUUUAAUUUUGACCUUAGAUAAGGUCUUGUACCAAUUGUACACUUCAUUUAGCUCUCUCUGCUAAGCUUGUAGGGUGCAAUUGCUUUGCUGCAUGCAUUCACAAUAGUUGACUUAUUACUAUAUAAAGCAGUCCCCAAACCAAUAAGAGACUUAUGCUACAGAAGGAUACGUGUGCAUGUCAGCUACAGAACAUCUAACUUUUAUUUACUAUGCAAAAAAAAAAAAAAAAGAAAUUGCACAACCUCAAAGAGUUGAUGGAUGUGAAUAAUCUCAAUGCCAUUAUAUACAAAACCAAGAUUGCCAGUAAGGCCAUCUUCUUUCUUUCUUUCUUUUUUUCUUUUUUUAAUAUUAGCCAAACUAUUAAAUGUAUUGUUGUGCUUCAUACUAAAGAAGAAUGGUUGACAGAAUUCAUGUGGGUAUUGAAUGAAUGUAUUUUAAUUUUAUGGGAGUGAAUGUAUUGUGUCGGGUUUCGAAUAAAUCCGGUAAUUAUGUCCUUGUCUGAUAUUUCAGGUGAGGUUUUAAGAUUUCACUUUUUAAAAAUGUAAUGCUUUAUUUUUCAUUAAUUACUGAAUAGUCUUCUGUUGUGAGCAGAGGACACACACUCUUACCAACUUUACUCACAGUACAUGUACAGAAGUUCAAUCAAAUAAAAAAAAAAAGAUCAAUAAACUUACGUUUUAAAUUUCAA